CAUCGAUAGCGAUUGGCAAGCCGAUAUGAGCGCGAAAGGAGCAAAGAUCUUUAAAACUAAGUAGCAUUGCAGCGUCGCAGCGCAAAUCGCUUCCGUCGUGAGUUUGGCAUGGCACAACUGGAGAGCAGCACGCAGCACUUACGUGCUCGCGACGACGGACACGAAUCAGCACAGCGCGCGUUGCGACGGCUCCCGCGGCCGCGGCGCGCGCGCUGCUGCAAGCGACGCUGCUCUUCCGAGACGUCCGUGCCGCGCGCGCUCGCCGGCCGCCGCGGCGCGCGAGAGACGUCGCAUCGAUGGCGUCGUCAACACAGGUGCAGCGCCUGCCACACGGUGGACGCCGGCGGCAACUCGAAGCAGGGCCCGAACCUCCACGGCAUUUUUGGGAACAAGGCGGGCCAGGUGAAGGGCUACGACUACUCGGGGGCCUUUAAGAAUGCCGACGUGACCUGGGACGACGAGGCCAUGGACGCCUGGCUGAAGGUGCCGAAGAAGUUUAUCAAGGGUGCGACUCCGGCGUUAUUUAUAGUUCGAGGCGACUCUGAUACCCUCCACACGCAGGCACGAAGAUGGUCUUCGCGGGCAUCAAGAAGGAGAAGGAGCGCGGCGAGCUCAUCAAAUACCUCAAGGAGGCGACGGCCUAGGCGCCGUGCGCGUCGUACCGGUCGCUGUACCGGUCGACGCGUUGCUUGACGUGAGAGAGCUUGAUUGUGUAACCUGUUGGUCUAUAAUGACGCGGCAUCGUGUUUCUUGAAACUUUACAACAUUUAGGACCUC